GCGCUGUCACGUGGGAGCCUGGUUGUCAUGGCGGUCGCCCGGAAGCCGGUGCUGCUGGGACUUCGAGAUGCGGCGGUCCCGGGAUGCCCCAAGGGGCCGGCCGCCUGGACCGCUAGCAAGCUGGGCGGCAUCCCGCCGCUCGCGCUCGUCGUGCAGGUGUACUGCCCGCUGGAAGGCUCCCCGUUCCACCGGCUCCUCCACGUGUUCGCCUGUGGCCGCCCCGGCUGCGGAGACCGCGGGACGCGCAGCUGGAAGGUGUUCCGCUCCCAGUGCCUGCAAGUGCCAGAGAAAGAGACUCGGGACGCCCAGAAACAGCGUAACGGCCUUGCAGCUGAGAACUGGUGUGAAGGCUCACAGGACUGGGGAAGCGACAGCGAGGAGACACCUCCACCACCACCCGCCUCAGAUUUGGGGACUGAUUCUAAUGGUGUUAGAGCUGUAGACUGGACUGCACAGCUCCAAGCUCUCCACCUGCAGGACACCGCCCCUGCAUUUGCUCCCCCUUCCCCUGCAGGGGAAGGGCUGCCGGUCCAGGCGGAAGUGCCACGGUUUCAGUCCUACUACAUCUGUGUCGCCGACGAGGAUGACUACAGGAACUCUGUGGGGCUCGAUCAUGCCCUCAACCUUCUGCAGGACUACCAGCAGAGAGAGGGUGUUGACCUGGAGCACCUACUUUCCCUGUGUUCUUCUGGUGAUGGGGAUGAAAAAUAUGAGAAGACCAGUAUUAAAAGUGGAGAUCAAACGUUUUACAAGUUCAUGAAGAGAAUUGCAGCCUGUCAGGAGCAGAUUCUGAGGUAUUCCUGGAGUGGAGAGCCUCUCUUUUUGACCUGUCCCACAUUAGAAGUCUCAGAUGUCCCCGCCUGCAGUGGCUGUGGAGGCCAGAGGACCUUUGAGUUUCAGCUUAUGCCAGCACUGGUUAGCAUGCUCAGCAGUGCUAAUCUAGGUCUUACUGUGGAAUUCGGAACAGUUCUCGUUUACACGUGUGAGCAGAGCUGCUGGCCUGCGACUCAGCAGGCUCCCAUGGAAGAAUUCUGUCUCAUACAAGAAGACCCAGAUGAAGUUCUAUUUAAGUAGAACACCUCCUCUUAUUUAUACAAAUUAAAACAAAUUUUCACAUUCAAA